AAUGAGUCGAAGGACAGUCAGCGCACGAGAGACAUGACUUACAGCCUGAGCACUGAGCGUCUCGAGACACCAUGAAGCUGUGAAGCUUUUUUUCUGACACUGAACAUUUUUACGAUAACACAACAUUUUUUAAAAUUACUUCAUUUACUUGAACGCACAAUGGCACGAGGAGAGGGCGCUGAGCAGUACGCGGCGAGUUUAUUAUCAGUCAAACCUAUAAAUACUGAGAUCAAGACAGCAAAGCCAAAGGAGCAGAGAAAAGGUCUGUCUGUAUGGAACAAACUGUGCUAUGCCGUCGGAGGGGCUCCGUAUCAGAUCACAGGCAGCGCUCUGGGCUUCUUCCUCCAGAUCUACCUGCUGGAUGUGGCUCAGCUGGACCCCUUCCAUGCCUCCAUCAUCCUGUUUGUGGGCCGGGCCUGGGAUGCCAUCACAGAUCCCACUGUGGGUUUCCUGGUGAGCAGGAGUAGAUGGACCGCUAUCGGCCGCAUGAUGCCAUGGAUCCUUAUCUCUACUCCAUUUGCGGUGCUGACAUACUUCCUGAUCUGGUACGUGCCUUCCUUUGAGCAAGGGAAGGUUUUCUGGUACCUGAUUUUUUACUGCCUCUUCCAGUCAAUGCAGACGUGUUUCCACGUGCCGUAUUCAGCCCUCACCAUGUUCAUCAGCAGCGACCAGAAAGAGAGGGACUCUGCCACUGCUUAUCGUAUGAUGGUGGAGGUGCUGGGAACACUUCUGGGCACCGCAAUCCAGGGACAGAUAGUAGGUGGCGCCAAGAAUUGUCCUACUGACCCUGAUGAGCCAGACAACGGAAACUUUACUGAAAUCAACAGGACCGGAGUUUCACUGGAAGAGACGAAACAAGCUUACUUGGUUGCUUCAGGGGUCAUCUGCAUCAUCUACGUCGCUUGUGCCACAAUCUUAUUUUUGGGUGUGAAGGAGCAAAAAGAGAGCGGGCGGAAAAAAUCCCAGCUGUCCUUCCUUCAGGGCCUGUGGCUAGUGAUGAGUCACGGACCGUACCUCAAACUGGUCAUCGGCUUCCUCUUCACCUCUCUGGCCUUCAUGCUCCUGGAGGGAAACUUCGCCCUUUUCAUCUCCUACGCUCUCGGCCAUAGAAACGACUUCCAGAAUAUUCUCCUGGUCAUCAUGCUAUCUGGGACUCUAACUAUCCCGUGGUGGCAGUGGUUUCUGACCCGCUUUGGGAAGAAGAAGGCAUCUUACAUCGGCAUCACUUGGGCAGUACCCUUUAUGAUCCUAAGCAUCUGCUUCGGGAGCAACCUGAUCAUUGCUUACGUGGUCUCAGUGGCGGCUGGUGUGAGCGUGGCAGCAGCUUUCCUCCUGCCUUGGUCAAUGCUUCCUGAUGUAGUGGAUGACUUCAAGGUUAAAAACCCAGACAUCCAUGGUCAUGAAGCCCUCUUCUACUCCUACUAUGUGUUCUUCAUCAAGUUUGCCUCCGGAGUAUCACUGGGUGUCUCUACGCUCAGUUUGAAAUUUGCCGGCUAUGUGACUGGGAGCUGCUCACAACCUGAAGCGGUCAGUUUAACCCUGAAGGUGCUGGUGGCUCCUGUGCCUGUGGCUCUUAUCGCUGUGGGACUUUUGAUACUGAAGACCUACCCCAUCGAUGAGGAAACGAGACAGGGCAACCAGAAACUACUGCAGAAAAUGUUGGACUCUGAGACAGACUCUGAGUCUGAAACGUCAGCGCUUGGAAGCAGCGUGUAGAAGCGCAGAACGAGCCAAAACACCACAGCUGCCCUAACGUGUUUGCACAGUCUGUCGAGGGACACGACCAUCAACUAUCUGGACUAACAGAGGGAGAGACCACAGACCACUGUUGCCCAAACACCAUCACCAUUUACCAGCUCCCUCCAGCGGAUCACACUGGUUUACGUCGCCCUCUAGUGGCCGACCAGUAACAUCCUGUGUGUGAUUCAAGUAUUUUCUCUUGUCCUAUUUCUCCAGCUGUGUCCCAGUUAAACUCCAUCUGCUAAAACUAGGAAGCAGACACAUUUUUUAAUCAAAAUCACAGUGUAUUAUUUUGUCAGGUAGAACCAAAGGGGUUUUUUUCAGUUUCUCUUCCCCAUUUACUUCUUUUCUUAAGUGGUUUUCUUUCAUUGUUCAGCUGAAAUAGCACUGGGAUUUGUCCUUAUUUUAACCUAAAUGGGUAUCUACUACUGAACUGGACAGCACAGUCUGAUCAUCUUAUUAUUGAAAGGAGGUUAAAACACAUUUCUGUUCACAUUUAACCAACCACAGCUUCUUUUAGUUCAUGAUUAAUUGGAGCUGUAGUUGUUUUAUCUUGGUGGAGUUUUACUCAGAGAAACUUGUUUUUCCAAAGAUUUGUGACUUUAUUGUUUACUGAGAUGUUCCUGUAGCUGUGGCUGCAUUGUGGGACAACAGUUCUCAUCACCUCCAGUGUGAAUGCACUACAUACUGAAAUAUUAGGUUGGAUUUGGGACACAGCUUUUGAUUUGUGGUAUUUUUUAUGAAGUAUUUAAUCCCUGGUUUACAAGAUCGGACCUUCACUCGUGCGGACUGGAGUGAGAUGUUACCUUUGAUGUUUACUAUUUCUUAGGUCACUUGUGUUUGAUUCAGACGGUGCUCUGAAGGAAAUAUUCAGUAUGAGCCCUUAUUUAUAAAGGGCAUACCAGCACUAUUCCACUAAAUGAAGUUGUACGGAGCUGUGAUACAAUUUCCACUUUCAUUUGGUGUUGUUUCCUAUUGAUCUUUUCAGAAAGGCAAAAACUUUAAGUGUACUUGAAAGUUGUCAAGCGGAAAGGCACCUUGUGGUAUGAUGUACUGUAUGUGUGAAUCACUGCCUUACACACACAUCUUGAAUACUUGGUUGCAGUGAGAUUGUCCAUUUCCUUUUUGCUACUGAGAGGGGUUUCACAUCCCACAAUUUUGUGCUUUAACAUUUCACCCAACCUCCAUCAGGUUUAAGACAUUUCUGAAUGUGCUUUCACUGCAGGUCACCUACACUAUGAAGUUAUUUCAGCGAGCAUGUUCUCACUUCCCACAGGGAAGAAAAAAUGCUUUAUUUAACUAUUUAUUUAAACUAUCUAAGGGAAGGGAUUAUCGUUUGUUUGUUUUCUUGUGAAAGCACAUGUGUAUGUAAUUUAUUAACAGUGAAUGGUUAUUGGUGGACAUAUGUGAGUGAUUUUAAAGUCCUCUGGAAAACAUUUCAAAACAUCAAAGUGGUGGGUUUUUUUUGUUAUAAUGUGAUAAACAAACGGCCUUUACAGUGUUGUGACGUUAAAAAAUAACUGCCAAAACCCAGUCUUUCUAUUACAAAGAUGCAUAGUAGACACGUGUCCUCACUGUAGAUGGCUUGAUUUAACCUCACAUGAUCUUUAUCCUUAUUGGUUAAGUUAUUAGAAUUUCAGAGAAAUUUCUUUAAAACUUAAUAUAUUCCUGCAGAUUUCAUUUGAAAUUGCUCUGAAUGAAAGACAUUAAAUAUAUCUUUGGUCUCCUUGGUGUUUAUAUGCUGCUGUAUAUAUAAUAUGUAAAUACUUUUUUCUAAGUUUGACCUCAAUGAGCAAUAUAUAAAUCAGUGAAGAGAUGAAUUAAUGGGCUGUAAAUCUGUAAUUUUGAGUCUGUGAAUAAAGUUUGUCAAGACAAAGAAA